AUGUCCCGCAGAAUCACCCGCUCAGCCGCGAGAUUAGCUGCAGAUCCCCCUCUGUCCAUCAGCUCCGGCCCUUCCCCUGCGAUUCCUGCCGCUGGUUCGGCUUCAACUCGGAAGCGUAAAGCUCCCGCACGCAGCGAUCGGCCCGCGGACGCUUCUGGACAAGUGAAUCACACAUCUCCGCCCCGGAAACCGAAACGACAGCGGCGUGCAGCUUCCUCUCCAACGGCGGCAGCUCCCGCAGCUCCGCGCCGUGGUACUCGAAACCGCCCAACUAUGUCCCAACCCGGCCCGUCAUCGCGACCCACGGAGGAGUCUUCAAGGAAUCAGACGUCACCUCCAGCGUCCCGCCGGAAGUCUAGCCGUAAUGGGAAAGUAUCGCAAGAUCAUCCCUCGGCAGCCCAGUCUUCUCCACCUCGCCGACACAAGAAGCACCUGCCCAGGACAAAUCCAAAUGUAGUCAUGAAAGAUGCGGAUGAUGACUUGGAAGGACACGAGCGGGACGAGGAACGAGGUUCGUCCCCGCCAAGUGAUAGUAACGACGGAACAAACCAUUCAGGCAUCGAUGAUGAUGAUGGGGAUCUCUUUCACAAUAGCCUGUUUGGAUCACGCAGUCCGCUGGAGCUCCAGAGCACUCUUCGUGCUUUGAGUGGCAUGAUGUCGGGCAUGUCUUCUCGCCUGCGAGAAAUUCUGUGCAAUCUGAGAAUGAAGGACGAUCCAUCCAUCCAACUGAUCGCCCUGCAAGAGCUGUCUGAUCUUUUACUAGUAUCAAAUGAGGACAAUCUGUCCGGCCAAUUCUCGCCCGACCCGUACGUAAAGGAAUUGGUCUCUUUGAUGCAGCCCAGUGAGCUCGGCGAAGAGAACCCGGAGAUUAUGCUUCUUGCCUGCCGCUGCCUGGCCAACCUAAUGGAGGCUUUGCGCGGAUCGGUGGCCAAUGUAGUGUACGGCGGUGCUGUGCCAAUCCUAUGCCAGAAGUUGUUGGACAUUCAAUUUAUCGACCUGGCCGAACAGGCCCUCAGUACUCUGUCCAAAAUUUCUGUAGACUUCCCAGCGUCUAUCGUGCGUGAGGGCGGCUUGACGGCCUGCUUGACGUACCUUGAUUUCUUUCCAACUAGUACACAACGGACGGCGGUGACUACUGCGGCGAACUGCUGUCGUAAUCUUCCCCAUGAUUCUUUUCCCGUGGUCCGAGAUGUCAUACCCACUCUCUUGAAUGUCCUCUCCAGCAAUGACCCAAAGGUUGUGGAGCAAGGAUGUUUUUGUGUCUCCCGGAUUGUUGAGAGCUUCAAACAUAAACCGGAAAAGCUCGAAGAGUUGAUACAGCCGGCAAUGUUGAAAGCUGUGCUGCGUCUGCUUCUGCCGGGAACCACAAAUCUCAUUGGCCCCCAUAUUCACACCCAGUUUCUUCGGGUUCUGGCUAUCACGUCCAAAACAAGCCCCGGACUCUCUGUGGAGCUACUCAAGAUGGAUGUGGUUGACACGCUUUACCAAAUCUUGACUGGUGUCUCGCCGCCGGAAAAUCUUGAAGACACGGCCGUCAAGAUGGACAGUGUUCUUGUCAUGCAGGCAUUGAUCCACCGUCCCCGCGAACAGGUCUCUGAGACUCUCAAUGUUAUCUGUGAGCUCUUGCCCGGUGUUCCUGGUCGACGGGCUCCACAAGCGGAAGGUUGUCCAGGUCCGUCUCUCGAUAGUGACCCGGCCGUCGGGUUGAAAUACUCCAAGGCAAAGGAGUCUGCUGAGAGGAGGCGUUCAUUAUUGAUGAACUGCAAGACCGAGCUCAAGCGGUUUGCCAUGAUUUUACUGCCUACCCUUACAGACGCAUAUUCUAGCACUGUUAACCUGGAGGUCCGGCAGAAGGUACUCAUCGCCCAACUCAAGAUGUUACAUAACCUAGAUGCUCCUUUGGUUGAAGAUGCCUUGCGGUCGGUGCCAUAUGCUUCAUUCCUGGCAGCCAUUCUGUCUCAAAAAGACCACCCUUCACUCGUCUCAUCUGCUCUACGGUGUGCAGAACUUCUCUUCCAGCGCCUGGAGCGAGUCUAUCAACACCAAUUUCAUCGGGAGGGCGUUGUAUCGGAGAUCUUCAAGCUUGGUGAAGAGCCCCUGUCAACCGAACAGCAGACAAAGCCCUCUGGAAACUCACCUACCACUGGGAAUGCAGAUAUGCCUGGCGACUCACAUUUAGCAAAGACCUCGGCCACAUCUCAUGCUGCAGCCAAUAGGGAUGCUAGCUCGGCCGAUGAAGAUGCCCCAGAUGAAGAAGAGCACGAUGAUGAUUAUGACGAGCAAGAAGAUGACCGAGAUGACGACAAUGAUGACAUGUCGGAAUCAGAGAGCUCUUCGUCCUUCUCAGGACGGGUACUGUCUACUCGAAUGGAUAACGCCAUGAAGGAUCUCGUCAUCCGUGACGCCCGCGCAUUUGUUGAACUCUACGAAGCUGGUCCGGGAAAGAACAUGCGAGACAAGGCCUUGGAGACAUUGACCGAGCUGCAGACCCUGGCUGCAGAUAUAGAAGCUUGUUAUCUCCGUGAUGCUGACGGGGAUGGUCUCUCUCUUUUUAGAAAAUUGGCCACUUAUUUUGAUGGAGAUGCCCUGGAAAGCAUCACCAGCUCGGAGUUACUGAACUCGGGUAUCAUUAAGAUUCUUUUGGACGUGUUUGGCGACUUUCACGCCCCCUCCAUGCGUGAAGCUCGUACUGCUUUUCUACAGGCAUUUAUGGGGACCAACAUUUCGGAGAAAGCUCAAAGCCAGAGCACCGCAACAACCCCCUUCAGCGUCCUGACCCACAAACUUCAAGAUCUGCUCAGCCGGACUGAGCACUUUGAAGUAAUCACUGUCAGCCACAACUCCUUGGAGAAUACACGUAGCAAUGCCGCUUAUAUGCUCGGCAAACAGCUUAGGCUGAAACUGGUGGCCGACGAAGACUCUGAUAUCCCUCGGUCUUAUCGAAAUAUCAUGGUCUCCAUCCAUGCAAUAGCAACCUUUAAAGCAUUGGAUGAUUUCCUUCAUCCAAGGAUCAGCCUGUCAGACCGACCUAAAUCAUCUCGCAGCCGCGACACAAUCCUGUCCCAGAUUGCCAACGCAGCCCGACUCCGGGAACAACUAGCCGGAAACGGCGAGGUUCCCGGCGACGAAGCUCCUUUGCCCCGUUCAUCCACGGGAACAGACCGUCUCCCACGCCCUCACGAUUCGAGGCCCGCAGCUAAGGAACCAUCCAUCGAAGGCCGUGGGUCAAGAUCGAGGCGGUCAGGCCGCCAUCACCAGGGCUCCGAAGGUGAUGAACAUGAUGAACCCUUGGAAUGCGCAGACGAAAGACAAUUGAGCGACGACGACGACGACGACGAAGACGAUGAUGACGAUGGCGACGGCGAGGGACUCAAUGCCAUUGUCGACGAUCUCGAAGAUGAUCUUUCUGAUGACAACGUACAUGACCCAACGGCAGUUAACAUGGAGGUUGCCUCCUCAGGUAAGGUCACGGCCCGCAAAGAAGAUGGUACUCGUGUGGCCACCCCCUCUCAGUCCACACCGGCAUCCAAGUCCUCCUCGUCAGCUACGCCGGCAUCGGCGAUAAAUACGGGAAACAGCUCCCUAGCUCUGGCUGGUCGCCCAUAUGCUUCGUAUGCCGCAGCCAUGGCUUCCAUCCCCUCUGACUGGCACAUUGAGUUCAGCGUGGAUGAUAAAGCCGUGUCAAGCGAGACGACAAUCUACCGUGCUGUUCAUCAUAAUCGUCAGUCAUCGGAUCCUCAGGCAAGAAAUGUUUGGUCGGCUGUGCAUACAGUUAAGUUCAGGAGGGUGCCGGGACCGCCUCCUCCAGAGCCUACCUCUCUUACAUCAGACUCGUCUGGGUCUGUUUCCAAUGCGGAGAAUAAUCAGAUGCCUUCCUCUCUCAGCCAAGAUCCAACCACCGCAUCGAUUCUUCAGCUGCUCCGCGUUCUGCAUGAGAUGAAUACCACCCUCGAUGAUAUACUGGCAGAGACAAAGGAUCUAGUCGCACUCAAACCCGAGUCGCUCGCGCAGUUCAUCAACACAAAACUCACAGCCAAACUCAACCGGCAAAUGGAAGAGCCGCUAAUUGUCGCGAGCAGCUGCCUCCCCAACUGGAGCGAAGAUCUUGCGCGGCUGUUCCCAUUCUUAUUCCCAUUCGAAACGCGGCAUUUGUUUCUCCAGUCGACGGCAUUUGGCUACUCGCGCGCGAUGAUGAGAUGGCAUAAUUCCCAAAAUGGUGACGAUAACCGGAAUGACCACCGGCGUGAGGACCGGCCAUUCUUGGGCCGUCUUCAGCGUCAAAAAGUGCGCAUUUCGCGAAGCCGUAUUCUGGACUCUGCUAUGAAGGUCAUGGAACUGUACGGCUCCUCGCCUAGCAUCUUGGAGGUUGAAUACUUUGAGGAAGUGGGUACAGGGUUAGGCCCAACCCUUGAGUUCUAUUCAACUGUCUCAAAGGAAUUCUCCAAGAAGAAACUCAAGAUCUGGCGGGAGAAUGAUUGUAACAACGGCGAAGAAUAUGCCUUUGGCAAAAGAGGGCUGUUCCCAUCCCCUAUGAGUAAUGCACAGGCUGCUUCUGAGUCAGGGAAGAAGCAGCAGCAUUUGUUCAAGAUUCUCGGAAAGUUUGUCGCACGGUCCAUGCUUGACUCGCGGAUCAUUGACGUUUCCUUUAAUCCGGCCUUUUUCCGCAUCGCCGACCUCUCGUCUUCCGUCACGCCCUCACUUGGUACAGUCAAGGCGGUAGACGAAGAUCUGGCAAAUUCGCUGCUCCUGUUGAAGCACUUUGCUAAUGCAAAACACGCUAUCACACAGAAGAAGUCCCUCUCCGAGGAGCAGAAGAAGCAGGCUUUGCGAGAUAUUGAGGUGGAUGGUGUCAAGGUCGAGGACUUGAGCCUGGACUUCACCCUACCCGGCUACCCAAGCAUUGAUCUCAUCGACAACGGCUCCAACAUCCCUGUGACCAUUGAAAAUGUGGAUUUAUACGUCGACCGGGUGGUGGAUAUGACCCUUGGCAGUGGUGUACAACGUCAGGUGGAUGCAUUUAAGGCAGGAUUCUCGCAGGUCUUCCCGUAUUCUGCACUACGGACUUUCACGCCAAGCGAGCUGGUUAUGCUGUUUGGAAGGGCGGAAGAAGACUGGACGAUCGAAACUCUCAUGGAUUCAAUCAAAGCAGACCAUGGUUUUAACAUGGACAGCCGGAGUGUGCGGAACUUACUGCAAACGAUGAGCGAAUUGAAUGCGCCACAGCGACGAGAUUUCCUGCAGUUUGUCACCGGCAGCCCUAAACUUCCCAUUGGAGGCUUCAAGAGUCUAACUCCUAUUUUCACUGUUGUCUGUCGCCCGAGUGAACCGCCAUACACACCUGACGACUACCUUCCGAGUGUGAUGACUUGUGUAAAUUAUUUGAAACUUCCCGACUACAGCAGCCUCGAUGUGCUUCGAGAGCGGUUGGCUGUUGCUAUCAAGGAAGGCCAGGGAGCAUUCCACCUAUCGUGA